ACCACCCUCACCCGUUUCCACUUCCCCCCCCAUCCACCCCUCCCUCCCCACUUGGCCUGCCGCGGUCGGGUCGGCUUCCUGCGCUGUAGCGGUCGCUGCGGGUUCCUUCGAAGCACAGCUCCCCUUCCCCGCCCCAGUCCCAGUCCCCGUCCGCCCGCCGACGUUAAGAUGAGUAGCUCUGAGGAGGUGUCCUGGAUCUCCUGGUUCUGUGGGCUCCGUGGUAAUGAGUUCUUCUGUGAGGUGGAUGAGGACUACAUCCAGGACAAAUUUAAUCUUACUGGACUCAACGAGCAGGUGCCUCACUAUCGACAAGCUCUGGACAUGAUCCUGGACCUGGAGCCUGAUGAGGAGCUGGAAGACAACCCCAACCAGAGUGACCUGAUUGAACAGGCAGCGGAGAUGCUCUAUGGGCUGAUCCACGCCCGCUACAUCCUCACCAACCGAGGCAUCGCCCAAAUGUUGGAAAAGUACCAGCAGGGAGACUUUGGCUACUGCCCUCGUGUGUACUGCGAGAACCAGCCGAUGCUUCCCAUCGGCCUUUCGGACAUCCCAGGCGAGGCCAUGGUGAAACUGUACUGCCCCAAGUGCAUGGACGUGUACACACCCAAGUCGUCCAGGCACCACCACACGGACGGCGCCUACUUCGGCACUGGUUUCCCUCACAUGCUCUUCAUGGUGCAUCCGGAGUACCGGCCCAAACGACCUGCCAACCAGUUUGUACCCAGGCUCUACGGUUUCAAGAUUCAUCCAAUGGCUUACCAGCUACAGCUCCAAGCCGCCAGCAACUUCAAGAGCCCAGUGAAGACGAUCCGCUGAGUCCCCGCCCACCUGUCCCUCGUCUUUACACCACUGUUCCUUUGCUGCCACCCUCCAGGAAGUCUAUGGUUUUUAGUUUAAAUGAAAGGAAUUGCUAUUGUGGUGAGAACAUGAAAUAAAGUGGAAGAAAAGGCCA